CCAAGAACGUAUCUCGCGUUUUCGGCUCUCUCCGCGCUUCCCACCUCAUCUUGGCUUCUUCCCCUCUAAAAAACCCUAGUUCGCCAAGAAUUGGGUUUCCUAGCAUCUUUCUCGGCCUCGAGGGAGCUCGUUCUUGUGAUCGAUGGGAAAGAGGAAGGAGCGCCGCCUCGCGGCCAUGAUGGCUGCGGGUCGGAGGGUAAAGCUCGAUCUUUGCGCGGAACCCUCUGGAGAGAUGGUGGACAGUUCUUUACAUGAUGAAGUAGGAGGGGAACUAGAUAAGGACCACCAAGCUGGGGUCCCGACUUCACCAUCUCCUUCAGGUGGGUUUCAUCAAUUUCUUUGAAAGGGCUAUGUAGAGAAGAUAUGCCUGCACAGCAUAUUUUUGGUGGAAUUUUCGAAAUGUUGUACAAGCUUGUUGUAUGCACCGAGUGUCUGGUUAUGUAGGGUGGCUGAGGUCUGAGGAACAUUCAGUAAUCAUUUCAGAUCAGGCUGCCAUUGAGAAAAUUGAAUGACUCCCAACCUGUUAUUAUCUUUUGGCAUCAUCUAGGCGUGGAGAUUUCAGGAGGAAAAAAUUGCCUUCUCGGUCAGAAACAGGAGAAUCCCUUAUUGUUACUCGGACAGUAUAGUGAUGACGAGUUGGAUGAGGAAGCAAGUAAACAGCCAAAGCAUGCUGUUGAGGAGAGUUCUUCAGUUAAUAUGGAUGGCCAGGUACAAGAAAGUGCAGAUGCAGGUGGGAAUACAGGAAACAACAAUGAGAAAGCCACUACUUCUGGUGAUGUCAAACAAGACUCAGAUCAACUGGAUACUCUCAAGAACGUGGAUGGCCAUGAUGCAAAUGAAAGUAACAAUACUAUGGUGGCUACUCAAUACAGUGAAUCUGAUUCCGCAACUAAAACUGUUCCUGACACUUCUGGAAUGCAAAUUAUCGGUGAUAUGACUGGUGGUUGGAAGGUUGUCAUGCAUGAGCAGAGCAAUCAAUGUUAUUACUGGAAUACUGUGACAGGGGAAACCUCAUGGGUGAUACCUAAUGAAUUGGCUAUAGCAGGAACAAGCAGCGAGGAAAAUGUUUCUUCAGCUACUGAUGAAAAAGUAGAUUACAGUGUGCCUGCUCAUACUCAUUCUGACACCCAAUUGGCAUCAUAUUCAAAUGUUUUGGUUGCUGAUGGUCAUGGCGGUGGUGAUCCAAUCUCCAGAAGCAUGGAAACCUAUGGAAGUGUGGAGAUGGGCGUAAAUGGAGAGAUUGUACAUGCAGCUUAUGAUGUAAAUCAAGGUUUAGCACAUUACAACACUGCUUUAGUUGGCAUACCUUGUGAGGAAUCAUCUGCACUGUCUGCUUUUGGUUCAUUGCAACAAUCCACACUUCUCCUUUCGGAGCAUAUGACUAACUCAGGGGAAGAAUGUCCUUUAUCGAGUGAAGAUAAACUUUUGACAAGACCUGGAUGCUAUGAAAUGGUAGAUGUUCAUUCUAUUCGGUUGGUGAAAUAUGGUGAAAAUUUAUUGCAGAGAUUGAAGGCAUUAGACGGGUCCCAGAUAUGUCUUGGAGGACUUCAGUGGACUGCAAAGGAGAUUGAAAUCAGAAUAUCUGAUUGUAAAGCACUAUCGUCGUAUGGAUCAUCUCUGCUUCCAUUCUGGUGGCAUACAGAAACACAGCUUAAGCAACUUGAGUCCGCUAUUGUCAAAGGGGAGUCUUCUAGUCUUGUUCAAUCUAAAAACGACAGCAAAGUAGAGACUGAGCAAAAUCCUUCCUGGAAGGAAGAAUGUUCUGUGCCACAUCGCAUAGAAACAGGAUCUGAUGUGGUUGAAAGGAACAGCACAUCUGGUGAUGCUGAAAAUAAUUGCUCUUCUCUUAGCAAUGAUGUGGUGAAAGUACAGAGUGAAGCCAGCAACUGCAUGCCUGAGACUGAAAAUGUCAGGAUUAUAGGGCUUUCUUCUGGUUCAGUCACCCACAGCAUGGGAAGUGAGAAUGCAGCAGAGAUUUUGGAGCCCAAAGGUGAUUUACAUGCUGAAGAUGUGGACAUGGAUGUGGAAAUGGAGGUUGAUGAAGAAACUGUUGCAGGCCAGACAGUUGCUGAGGCUUUAUCAAGUGCAGAAUGUCGUGCUUCAACAGAACAGAUAAUUCAAUCAAAUUCAUCAGCAUUGGAGUGCCCUUCCAUUCCAUUAGAUGAUUCUAGCAUUCCACCUCCUCCAGAUGAAGAGUGGAUUCCUCCCCCACCUCCUGACAGUGAACCAGUUCCUCCACCUCCACCUGAAGAACCACCUGCACCCGCACCAUGUCCUCCAACUUAUGAUAAUACCCUGCCUCCUUACCAGGAUCAGUAUAACUUGGCAUACACUCUUCCAACAUAUGAGUAUUAUGCUCCUGUAGCAAGUGAAGUUACAAAUGCUAAUUAUUAUGCACAAGCUGAUGGCUCUCAUGUUGCUCAACCUCAGCCACCAUCUUAUUAUGAACCAGCUAUUGCAAGUGCUUUUCCUGAAGUGGCUGCAGAUGUUAAUCCUGCUGAACCUAUAGCAUACUAUGACCUUUCAAGUGGUGCUGUUCCUCAUGCACCUGUAGUCAGUAGUACAGGAUCUGGGUUUUAUGUUGAAUCUGCACCUGUCAAUUAUCAUAGUGCUGUUACUGCAGCAGAUUAUACAAGAUCUGUUGGGUCUGCUGUGGAUUCUGAGAGGACUUCCUUAUCCCAGGUGAAGCCUACAUCUGAUAUGUGUGCAGUUACCAGCGAGACUGAGACAGCCAGUGUGCAAGCAGAUUCCAUUGCAUCCACAGUCCAAGCUGCUGUAACUGCUUUGGGGAAUGGAAGUGCCACUGCCGCACCAUCUUCAGCUUCCCAAAAGAACCAAUCCAAAGUUGCACGUAGCAAGAAGCGUACAGUUGCAGUUGCUCCAACUUUGAGGUCCAACAAGAAGGUUUCCAGUUUGGUGGAUAAGUGGAAGGCUGCAAAAGAGGAAUUACAUGGGAAUGAGGAUGAGGAACCUGAAAAUGCUUAUGAGAUCUUAGAAAAAAAGCGUCAGAAGGAAAUUGAGGAAUGGCGUACACGUCAGAUUGCAAGUGGGGAGGCUCAAGAUAAUGCUAAUUUUGUUCCUUUGGGUGGUGACUGGCGUGAACGAGUAAAACGCAGGAGAGCAGAAACGAAAGCUGAAGCAGGUGAAGCACCAAGGGAGCAGGGAGUUGAGAAUGAGAAAAAGCAGCCUGAUCUAGUACAACUCUCCAAAGAUCUCCCUUCCGGAUGGCAGGCUUAUUGGGAUGAAUCAACAAAGGAAGUCUACUAUGGAAAUAGCAUCACCUCAGAGACAACCUGGUCUCGGCCCACAAGAUGAAAAACCAUUUCUUAACAAUUAAUUUUCAAUCUUUGAUGUUCUCAACUGCAUGUUUGGUGGCACUCAGAGAAGGUUUUUGUCGAGAGAAUUGUGUUUCACCAGCUGCCUCUUUGUAAUACAAAUCUGAGUCGCAUUCCUCAUGUUCCCUCCUUGCUGGUUGGCAAGUAUUUUUUUUUCCCAAUAUUUAUCCAUACUAAUGUUCUGAUUGUUUUAUGCUUUUGUUGUCCAUAUGUUUUUCUUAA